AUGCGAUUUUAUUGUCAAUGUUUAAAUGUGACUAUUGACGUAUUCGAAUUAGACAAUCAACAAGAAAGUUUAAGACAGUUUUUACCCGUUGACUUCUGUGAAGAAUGGAAUGAGUUCCAUCUGCUAUCAGAUCGCGCUGUACAUAUCGUAUGGCAAAGUCUUUACCAAUCAAUUUCCAUGCGUGAUAUGAAAUUAAACCGGUGCUUAGCAUGUAAUCAAUACACACAUGUAACUAAUCUCGAAUUCAAUCGAAUACUAGUUAACAAGAAUCUCCUUAAUGAAACGACAGUCAAAGAUGCUUAUGAUAAUCCUAAUUAUUCAAAAGUUACCAAAAUUCUCUUACCAACGACGACAGCAAGUUCACCGUUAACAAGUCUUUCGACGUCACAAAAUGAAAAAUUUCAGCGUGAAUAUGAAUUAGUUCAACAACUCUAUCGACAAUCAAUAGAAGAUGUAGAUCGCGAGAUCGAAGAAAAAAUACAGACAUAUCAACAUGAACAAGAACAAUUUUUGAAAACUAAAACAGAAGAAAUCAACAAAGAAUUAGGUCUCUUUCUAAGUUUCAUGCGUGCAAUACCUCGACAAGCAUCUAGCACGAAACCACCGCCUAUUUCGCAAACAUCAAUUACGUAUUUGAAUGAAAACAGUAUGGAAUCAGGUCUAGGUUCGGAUAUAUUUGAUACUAAUGGAAUUGACUUAAGUCGACAAUCAUCCAUGAUAGAACGCACAUAUUCGGAACGCACGAGUAAUAUUGACGAUGAACCAAACGAUGAUUUAUCAUUUGAUAAUGCAGCUUAUGAUACAAUCUCCAACUUUGCUACUUCGAUGCCAAAAGAUAUAUCAUUUCACCCAUAUUCGAUUCCUCAACAGAACAUUGAUCGCAACGAUGAUAGUACAAAUCUCGAACGCAUUGGUAAAUCAUUUCGUGAAUUGAGCCAAUCGUUAAUGUGUACCGAUGGCACGGAACUCUUUGGUGAUUUGCCAUCACCUCGACUGAAUGCCCGAUAA